AUGACGUUACUCAUGACGGCUUUGACGAGAUUUUCGAAACGAUGUUCUAAUCCUCUCAAGGUCACCAGAAGAAGUCAAGAGCUGAACGACGCCACUAUCAUAGCAAGAUUGUUAAAGGACCUCAAGAACCUCAGACGCUGUAUCAACCGACAAGUAAGAGCAGAGCCAUCAUUUAGCGUCGUAAGUGAUGACAAACCGGUGAGGGCCAGGCUAACCGUCGAGGAGAAGAUCGAGAGGAAGGCACUGCACAUGGAAAAUUACCGACAACGACCGAAGGUUUCCGACGAGGCGGUGCUACAAAUUCGCAUAUCCAGCGAAAACCGCUGCUUCAAGGGCUCCUUCGACGACAAUCCGAAGAAGUUCGCCAAAGGGCUGAGGCGCUGA